AUGAGGGCCUCAGGAAUCCGCACGGCAAGUCUUGACCUGCUCUAUAAAGUGAAUGGGUCGGAGAACCACCGUAGCAACUGUAUGGAUAUAUUGUCGGCGGCUGGUUUCUGUCUGGGUGUGUGCACUUUGCUUAAGUGCCGCAGCCGGCGUUUUCUCUCCACCUUCGCCAUCAAGUGUGCAUCGUGGACCGGGAUCAAUAGAGGCACAUCCCAACGAAGUGCCAACAACAGUCUAGGUUUCAUGGAAUAUCCCAGCGUUUCCCUUUCAAACUGCAUGGCUGUGCGGACAACAUACCUUCUAUUGUUGACAACAGCCUUGGGUGGAUGCUGGCUGCUUGAGCAGCCGUCUGGGUCAUUGCUUCAGUACUUCCCCUUCUAUCGGGAAUUCCUGUGCAAACUCUACUAUGCCUAUGGUGGUAGCGCUGUGACAAAGGUCCAUUGGUGGAUGCGACACUACUCGUCAAGAACGCCAAAGAGGCACUGGGCAUACGCAAAUUCGACCCAUGUAUCCAAACUGGACAGAGGCACUCUGACCGGGUGGAAACGCAAAUCCAUCGAAGAGGGUGGGGCCCCGACGGCCAUUGUUUAUAAAAAUAAAGCUGGUAAAACCUGCUACAAAGGAACCAAGGCUCUCAAGAAAACGGAGGAAUACACGGUGAGAUUCGGGUUCGCUAUUGUGGACCUGUUUGAAUCUCUGGUUUCCACGGCCCGCGGAGUUCCGCUACCCUCUGCUCUUCCGCCUGCUUUGGAGACUUUCCAGCUGAUGGAAGAUGAGCCUGGAGAGCUGAGCUUUGGGAAUUUGAAGGAUGCUUUCAAUUAUUUGCGGAAGGGAAAGUACCUAGUCAUCCCUCAUACAUGGAGGCCUUUUAUCCCAAAGGAAUUGUAA